AUGGCGAACCCCCUUCCGGUCCGCGUCAUUGUCACUGGCAACCUCUUCCCUCCCCACAAUGAUCGCUAUACCUUUUCUAAGACGGAUACUGUGCUGCAGGUGAAGCAGCGCAUCAGCGAAAUGGAGCGCGUCCCACCGGAGCGCAUGGAGCUGCACAAGAUGACCGGACAGCCCCCGUUCGGUUUGAUGAUGGCAGACCACCGCACCCUCGCCAGCUACGGAGUGCGGCCGGGCAAUGUUCUGCAGGUGUUUUUUUAUGUUCACGAAGACGGCGACGAGAUUUUUGUGCGCGCCAAGCGCCGCAAUGCGCACCCGCGCAUUAAUGCAGAUGAUUUUUGA